GUGUGUUCUCAAUUCACCAUGGUAAUUUUUAAUAACACCACAUCAUCUUCCCCAAACUUCCUACUCACUGCAUUUCCUGGGCUGGAACUUGCUCACGUUUGGAUCUCCAUCCCUGUCUGCUGUCUCUACAUCAUUGCCCUCUUGGGAAACAGCAUGAUUUUGUUUGUCAUCGUCAUUGAGAGGAGUCUCCACAAGCCUAUGUACUAUUUCCUCUCCAUGCUGUCAACUGUUGAUCUAUGUCUGACCAUCUCAACCCUUCCCACUGUGCUUGGGGUUCUCUGGUUUCAUGCCCGGGAGAUUAGCUUGAAAGCUUGCCUCAUUCAAAUGUUCUUUGUGCAUGGCUUCUCCUUCCUGGAGUCCUCAGUGCUCGUAGCCAUGGCCUUUGACCGCUUUAUGGCUAUCUGUAACCCACUGAAGUAUGCCACUGUCUUCACAGACAUGAUAAUCCUGGUGAUUGGACUGGUCAUCUGCCUGCGGCAAGUUAUUUUCACCUUUCCCAUGGUUCUAGUCUUGAAGAGUGUAUCUUUCCAUUCAGACAAAGAGCUUUCCCACCCAUUUUGCUACCACCCAGAUAUGAUCAAAUACACAUAUCCCAGCCCCUGGAUCAACAAUUUUUGGGGCAUGUUUCUUCAGCUCUACCUGACUGGCACUGACUUGCUGUUCAUUCUUUUCUCCUACGUUCUGAUUCUCCGAACCGUCUUGAGAAUCGUGGCCCCUAAGAAGCAACAAAAAGCUCUCAGCACUUGUGUCUGUCACAUCUGUGCUGUCACUGUUUUCUAUGUGCCCAUGAUCAGCCUGUCCUUUACACACCGCCUUCUCAGCUCCACCCCAAGAGUGGUCUGUAGCAUUCUGGCCAAUGUUUACUUGAUUUUACCUCCUGUACUGAACCCUAUCAUUUAUAGCUUGAAGACCAAGGCGAUCCGCCAGGCUAUGCUCCAGCUGCUCCAGUUUAAGGGCUCACGGGGCCCCAGUGUGAGGCAUCUUAGAGGACGGUGGGAUUGAAGGGGAGACAGCGAGAGAGCACUAGCAGGAGGAGCAG